AUGUCGAAGGAGCGCUUUUGCAGGCCAGGUUGCCUGUCCAUACUCGAACACGUCGCCGAGCCGCCGUUGGUGUCCAACUGCUCGGCGGCCGUUCUCCGCUGUCGCCUGGACACCGCGGGUCCCAACAUCGAAGUCUGGUGGACGUUCCACGGCGAGAACGCCUCCAAGCUUCCGAACGUUGUCCUCGAGCCGCCGCCCAGCCGCGAAGCCAGGGCGGCCUCGUCCGUCGCGCCCCCGGCCACGACCCCGCCAGCGGUUGCUGUGACGUCGGGCACCACAACCGCGCCACCCAAUGCAACAGCAGCGUUGGGGCACAACUCGACUUCGGCACACAACUCCACGUCGCCGUCUAACGAGACUGUGAGUGAGACCGAACCGCCGCGUUCGCUAACGACGCCCGGUGGCGACGUUUUCUCGGGGGAAGACGCCGAGAACGUCACAACCGCGUCGCCGCAGUCGACGGCAACCUUCCAGAGUGCCAGCGGUGAAGCGGCAUUGUCCGAGGUCGAGUCUUCCUCUUCUAGCGAGUAUCCGGAGGAGGAAGAGGAACAGUCUGCCGUGUGGACACUGCGGCUAAACUGCCCGACGCUCGAACACGCCGGCAGUUACGCCUGCUACGCGCUAUCGCGGAACGCCAGCGAGUUCAUCUACAAGAAGGAAGCGUCCCUUGACGUAUACGUGCCGGUGAGCGUGGAGGUUGAGCAGAGUGUGGUCGAGGCGACGAUCAACUCAUCGGUGACGCUGUCAUGCCUUGCCACGGGUCACCCCAAGGUCACCACGCUUCUCUGGUCCCGGACCUCGGACGACGACGAACAAGACGACCCGGCGGCGGCCACCAGCAACUCCACGAGCUCAGAGGACGCUGCCUUUGGCAGCCGCCUGCUCGACAGCACGAACGUCACGCAGGUGUCCGAGGUUCAGUACCGGGCGCAGCUGACGCUUGAGUCCCUCCAGAGGCGGGACAAUGGCACGUACGUCUGCUACGCGGGCAACGAGUACAACAUGACCAUGGCGGUGCAGGAUGUACUCGUACUGGAGCCCCCAGAGGUGAACCUGUCAUCACUGAAGGCUGAGGAUGCACGCACAGCGAAGCUUAGCUGGCAUGUGCGCCACUCGGGCAACCAGCCUGUAUCGCGCUACCACCUCCAGGUGCGCAACUAUUCCACUGAGGCCGACUGGCUGGAUGUGCACAAUGCAGUACCACCAAACAUGACCUCCUACCUUGUCCACUACCUGGCACCUGGUGCCACCUAUGGGUUCCGGCUUGCGGCCGUCAACUCGGUGGGAAACGGCCCCUGGGAGCAGCGAAACAUCACCAUGCCACCUGACGUUCCACCAAAGAUCAGCCAAGUGCAUCUGCUUGCGACAACUAAUGAGACGCUGGUGUUUGCAUGGCGGAGGCCUAGCCAUGAUAAUGGUGCGAACAUCAGCCAGUACCAGUUGGAGCUUUUUCGUCCAGGCCAAACGCACCGCAACCAGACAACACUCUCAGCUGAGCCCCAGAAUAGGCUGAAGCACAUGUAUGUGUAUGUGGGCCUCACACCAGGAGAACAGUACAUCUUUCAGAUGCGUGCUUGCAACAUCAUUGGCUGUGGAAAUUGGUCUGAGCAAUUGGAUGUGAGCACAGCUGAUGGAAUGGCUGGUGCACCGCAGAAUGUGACAAUGCGUUGUUUUGCAAACACGGAAAUGAACAUGACAUAUGGCAUCAUCACAUGGCACCCACCUGAGGAUGCCCGGGGUACAAUUGUUGGUUACAAGGUUCUCUUGGAAGGGCAUGCAUUUUUCCGACGUGAGACGGGUGUCUUUGACACAGAGCGGCUGAAGGAGCCACAUGAAGUGAACUCGACCACUCUCAAGUACACCAUCACCAUCAAACCCAACACUAACUACACUGUGCGAAUCUGCACUGUCAACAAAGCUGGCUGCGGAAACCUGAGUGGUGUUACUGCUCGGUCUACUUGCACUUCACCUCCAAUAGGGCCAGCACAACUGCCCAAGUUCAACCUUCAGAGAAUGGAGCGUGAAAAGCGGCACAGGCAGCUCAAGCUUCACCUGAAACGAGUGUCGGAGAGGAAUGGAAACAUCCUGUGCUACAGAGUGAUUGUGGUGAAGCUUGCCCGUGGAGAGACUCUGGAAUCUCUGCCCAAGGACCAAAAGCAGUUGAACAUCACAUCCUAUCAUGAGGUCCAUCGAAUAAGCAGCAAUGGAGCUUACAUUGCAGAGGCCAUCAGCAGUGAGGACUUUGUGGAAGAGGUGAUCCUCGGUGAUGAAAGGAAUCACGUGUGCUCUGCUGAUUCUAUACGGAGCGUGACAGAGGACUCGCGCAUGAACAGAAGAGCUGCGGAUGCACUCAACAUCACUGAGCCAUCCACACCUGCUGUUGACGUUGAAUAUGUGCGCGAUGGUGCGCUUGCAGCGAAUACAAACUACACUGGCUUUGUUCAAGUACAUGUUCGGGGUUCGAAUGGAACAUUGCUCUCUCAGCAGAGUCCUUAUUUUGCUCCAGUGGAAACAGGCACUGAUCGCAACACUAUUACUGCCGAAAGCCCUGCUGCAAUUGUGUUUGGAGUGAUAUGUGGCCUUGUCCUUGUGGCUUUGAUGAUGGUCAUCAUUGUGUGCAUCAUGAAGAAGAAAAAUGGCCAGCUGUAUGAGGACCAAGGAGGCAGUUUUGUGAACUCUCCAAACUCGAUCCCCAUCUCGGCGGAUAACUUGCCAACUGCCUUUGUGAAGCGUCACUGUGACAGCGAUUUGCUCUUUCAAAGCGAAUUUGAGAUGUUGCCUGAGAAGUUCAGGGACAGGACAACAUAUGCAUCCGAUGCCCCAGAAAAUAUGCACAAGAAUCGCUACCCAGACAUCAAGGCUUUUGACCAAACAAGGGUCAAGCUGUCCACCAUUGAUGGCAUUCCUGGCUCUGACUACAUCAACGCAAAUUUUGUUGAGGGCUUCGGUGGAAAGAAGACCUUCAUCUGUGCGCAAGGUCCACUGGAUCGAACUGUGACAGACUUCUGGAGGAUGAUCUGGGAGCACCGAGUUUCAGUUAUAGUGAUGUUAACUGGAAUUGAAGAAAAUGGCAAGAUAAAAUGUGCCCAAUACUGGUCUGAUGAAGGCGUCAAAGAAAUUGAAAAACAGUAUACUGUUAGAGUUGUCACAGCAAAGAGAUAUUCGGAUUAUGUUGUGCGACGGUUCUUUGUUGAGCACACUCAGGAUGGCAUCACUGAGGAGCGAGAGAUCCUGCAAUUUCACUUCACCAUGUGGAAGGACUUCCUGGCACCUGACCAACCUUCGUGGCUGCUACGAUUUAUCAAGCGUGUCAAUGAGCAUUAUGUCUCUGACAGAGGGCCGCUACUUGUGCAUUGCAGCGCUGGUGUAGGCAGGACAGGAACAUUCGUGGCCAUCGACUCACUGCUGGAGGAGCUGGAAAAGACGGAAGAAGUGGAUAUCUUCAGUUGUGUAGCCAGUCUUCGCAAGCAGCGCAAUUUCCUUGUUCAGUCACUGAAGCAGUAUAUUUUUAUUUACCGUGCUCUUUUGGAGCAUGCACAGUUUGGUGACACAGAAAUUGAGAUCCAGCACCUUAGGGACCACUACCUUCAGUUGAAAGAGAAAUUGGGAAACCCGGAAAAGUCCGGAAUGGUUCUGGAAUUCGAGAAACUGGGUGAUGUUAUUGAAGACCCCAAGACAUGCUGCGUGGGAAUGAUGGACAUGAAUGUAGCAAAGAACAGAUAUGACUUCAUUGUACCUUAUGAUUGCAACAGAGUAAUUUUACCCGUGUCACCUUCACGAGACCACUCAUCCUACAUCAAUGCCUCAUUCGUCCAGGGUUACGACAGGUCACUGUCUUUCAUCAUCACCCAAGACCCUCUAGACUGUUCUGUUGUGGAGUUUUGGCGCAUGAUCAAGGAACAGUGUAUUUCUACCAUUGUUAUGCUCUCAGAACUUGGUGAGGGGCAGACCAAAUGCCAGCAGUACUGGCCCUCUGAUGGAGAGCUCAUGUGCGACUAUGUCAAAGUCAAGUUUGUUUCGCAAGACAUUGGCAACCACUUCAUCAAACGCGAGUUUGACGUCAUCAAUGUGAAGUCUGGGGACAGCCAUCAGACAACACAAUUCCAGUACCUGGGCUGGGUUGGGCAGCCGGUCAUAGAUGCUGAUAGCACAGCAAGCAUCAUUGCCCUCAUAGAGUGUGCCCAGCAGUGCCAAGCACUGCAUCCAAGUGGUGGCCCUGUCACAGUACACUGCAGUGGCGGUGGCGACAGGAGUAGCGUGUUUGUGACGCUGAGUGUCCUGAUUCAGCAGCUGAAAGCUGAGGAAAGGGUGGAUGUUUUUCAAGCAGCACGUUACACUCGUUCCCAAAGGCACUGUAUGUUGCAGACGCCUAACCAAUACGAGUUUCUCUACCGUGGUCUGCUGACCUACAUCGAGUCGCACAACCUUUGCAACAUGGGCGACACCCAACUAUGAGGGCUACACAUGCUAGGAUGUUCCAAGGUCCACCUUCACCACGAGGCACGCACGAGCAACUGCGACUGUGAGCCACACGUGCAUGCGCCUCGGCCAAAGGGCAUGCCCCUGCCUCGGCAUUGAAGUCCACUCCCUACCAGCCGGACUGGUGGGAAGAAAGGAAGGUGGCUUUUUUAUUUGUUGUUAACUGCUGACAAGCAAGAUGUGUGCGUUACACUCUAUGUAUUUGACAGGAACUCGAGAGUGCGCAUUUGGUACAAUGACUGAAGCAAAAGUGAAAAUGGCCAACCUGGCUUGUUCAUAAGCCUGUGAAACAGUGCGAGCAAUGACAUGCAGCACACAAGUUUCUCCAGCACUCAUAAAAUUAUGAGUACAGGGGACACUGCCAUGCAAGAAGAGAACGAAGGCAGUGCCCUUGCUGAGAGGCUUUACAGGUUCUUUUUUCUUCUGUAACACCUCCUGAAACAAAACCCGAGGACACUGCAAGACUUCAGCAAGAUCUGGGAGAGUGUGCUUGGGGGAGGUUAUUUCUUUUGGAAGAAGCAUGCAGAAGAUGCCAUCACUUACGAGCUGCCUUUCUUUUGUGGGAGAAGUCUGCCAGUCGUCCGUUUUUGAAGUGAUCCCUCGCAGGUGGAGUGAUUUAUGAGUGGGUGUUGUGAUAGCCAUCUGUUUGCAGUACAGCCAUGAAGGGAGUCACUGAAGCCACCUGAAACUCUGCUGCCUACAGGAAGAGUGCUUUUUAAGUGAAAUGCUCAUGUGCUCGUCUAAGUUUGUAUACAAAUUGGGGAGACUGCAGUCACACAGGAGGAACAGCACCCAUGUUGGCAACACUUAGGAGCAGCAUACUUGCAGUGUGUGAGCCUUGUGUGUUUUCAUGGCGUCCAAACUGCAGGAGUGCAAUGUGGGCAUCUUCCAUCCAGACUGCUUUAAACAAACUGACAAUGCAGUGUUCAUGUGGUCCGUAAUCGACUUCUCAUACCUCUUAGCUGUGUGUGCCCCGAACACUCCGCCUGUGGACCCACAUUGAAACAUUUACAGUCUAGGUUAACCCUAGUCUAGGUUGCAGGCCUUGGGCUGUAAAGCUUGGGCUAGGUUUCUAGCUGACCUAGUUCAGGUUGUGUUGACUCAGCCUAGGUCAAGCCUUAGGUGAUGUUGUCAUGAACAUCAUUCUCUGUUUUCAUAGACACUCGCAUAAUGUUGUACAAGACAAGAAAGGGCAGGUAUGAGGAACUGUUUUUGCUACAGGAUCCUUGUUACUUCUGUCUCAGUUAAUUUUUUUAUUCUAAUCCAGAACCUGUGUAAGUGUAUUUUCUAAAGAGGCAAAUUCAUGUGUACAUGCUUUAGCAUGGGCAAAUGUCAUAAAUACAUGUCAUGUCAGCCUGUAAUUUUCAUUACUUUGUUGACGUUUCUGCCUCUCAUGGUGUGCUUUUUUUGUUCAUUGUCUUGAUUACAAUUGAAAUGCUUCAAUUUACUAGUGUUUCUUAGGCGUUUAUUGCUUUAUUUUCAUAUUUUCUUAUGUGUUUCAAACAAAGGAGCAAUUUGCCUGUGGAACAAGUAGAGGUUGCUUUCACAUGUGCUCUUUUAUGUUUUGUGGCAAUUCUCAAAUGCUGUCACCCAGCUUAUAACAUUUCUUCAGAGCUUAAAAUGGUUACAAGACCACACUAAAUACUGCUGCACAAAGUUAUAUUACCAAUCAGUCACAUAUAGUCGAUGAAAUAAAAAAAAUAGAUGUUUUUGUUGCAGACAGAUAAAAUUGUUGGUUCUGGUAUGAUGGUAACUUUUAUUGUUAUUUUCAUGUAUAUUAGAUACCACUACAAAUUUUUGUGUCAAGUGUCAGAUUCGAGCUUUUGUUUCAUCUCUAACUUCCUG